CUGCAGUGAGUGCGUGGACUCUGGUUGGUGCUGUUCUACGUCACAGACAUGAACCUGCUGCAGCCGGAGCCAUCACACUGAAGAGCAGUGAACUGUAAAACAAACCUGUGGCAUUGAUCAGUUUCUUUUCUCCUGAAUAGAAACGGAAACAUUUCUGUUUAACUUACGCCCCCUUCAGCAGGAGCCAACAUGUCUCAAAUGUCCGCAGAGUACCUGGGAAUGAGUCACUACCUGAUAUAUCCUCCUAAAUAUGGGUGGAGCAUGAACACACGCAGGAAUCUUCCAUGUUGGCUUGAUGAGUUGACAGAAGUCUUACUGAGCACAGUGUAGCAGGGCUCACUGGAAGAUCGGCUGGUUUGUUUUGUAUCACAGAUUUUUCAUUAGCACCAUCAUCCUGCACGGUGGACAUGGAGGCUCAGAGAAAGAGCAAUGGAUCGAAUGCAAUUUUUAUUCACAAACAUCAUUUAUGUUUGCAUGAUUUGAAAAUGCACAAUCAGCAUUUGAGGAACAUCUAUCUUCUAAAAACAAACAUCCCUGAAUACCCUCAACCCGAGUUUCAUGUGUUCAGUCUGAAACAUGACACACAGCAAGGAGGGUUACUGAGGAUCUGGAAGGACGAAGGCUUUAAGGAUCCUCACGGAGGCCUGAAGGAUCCAGACAGCCUGUCCCUGGUGUGGUGGAGUCUGGCUGUGGGCCCACAGGAGAUCCAGUCAGCUGAGACCAGGCUCCUGGACAGGUUCUACCCAAACCGGAUGGAGAAGCCAAAUUACCUGGGCAUAUUCAACCCACACCUGAGCAAGCAGCAGAGCUUCCUGUGGAGGUUUGCCACCUCUCCAGCCUUCAGUGAGACCUCCAGGUUUGGAUCGUACCGCUUCACCUUCCCCCUGCACGAAGUGGUGACCGCCUACAGCCAGCAGUUUUGCUCUGGAGCGCCUCCCAUCUUGAGGGUGUUCAAGACCUCUCUCUACAAUCAGGAAGUGCAGUACUCUGUGCUGGUCCACAGCCCGGCCUCUGAGCUCUUCUCAGAGUAUCCUUUGCUUCCGUAUGAUGACCCGAACGCCAUCUUCACUUACAGAGACGGACACUUCAUCUGGAGGUCACAGGCCAUGUGCGAGAAACACAGCUUUGAGUUGAUCCAAAAUCCCAACCAAAACCAGAUGUACCCUCGGAGUCUAUGUUCUUAUGAACAUCAGUUUUAUGUUUGGGAUAAUGUCGCCGUCGCCCUGCACGUGGAUCAUGGACAGAUGCUGAAGUUUGACUGUAAUCGACUGAGAGCAAACCUUACAUACUGUAAACAACCUGUAGAUCCAUCAGCCAAUUUUCGAACAGUCUUCCCAUUUGGUGGGAAACCUCAGAAUGUUUCACCUGGAAUCCACUAUGACAGUUUUGAAAAUGCUAACUCUCUGGUUGAACGUUUGUGGCCUGACGCAGGCUUCCCCCUGUUGAAGGAGCCUUCACUCAACCUCAUUUUCUAAGGUAACAAAUCAGUAGGGGUUGGUUUUGAUUAUCGAUUUAUCGAUUAAAAUUGAUUCUGGCUUGGAUAAUAUGAAAUCGAUUCAGGAUUUUACUGAAUCGAUUUCAUGAUUUUUUUAAUAUAAAUUUAUUUUGCCCAAA